GUAGACAGCAAAGAGCAAAGAAAAUGUAUAAUUUACAUGUAUAAUUUAAUUACACUUAGUUGUUCGUCGUGCCAGAUUCCCAAUUCUCGUUAAUAUUCCGCCAUAGAGCGCGCAACAGAACGCGGCAACUGGUGAAAAGCAGCACAACUGCCCGCCGCCGCCUCCUCUCGCUUCCCUUCGAUUAGCAAGCCGACGACGACGAAGAAGAAGAAGCGCCCAAGAGAAAGAAAACGGGAACGCAGCUGCAAGGAAGGAAAUCGAGGAAAACUCGGGGAGGAAAAUGAAAAGGAAACUGGGCCGAGGGGCGACGCUGGCGUUGCUGUUCGCCAGCGGAUUGCUGCUAAUUGCUGCAUCCCACCAAGCGGCCGCCGCCGAACCAGCAUCUGACUCCGAUGACUUCGAGGAUGGCUUUGUGGAAGAUGUUCAGGAGGAACUGCCCGCCGGCGUCGACGAAAACGGCGAGGAGAAGCUGGCCUACGAGAGCCCAGAGAUCGAUCCCAAGAAAUUCCACUUCGCCGAUCACUUUGACGACGUGGAGGCAUCCCGGAAGAAGUGGGUGCUGUCGCAGGCCAAGAAGGAUGACAUAGCGGAGGAGAUCUCGAAGUAUGAUGGACUUUGGAACUGGGAGUCGCCGCAGCGCAUCGUUUGGGCGAAUGAUCUGGGCCUGGUGCUCAAGUCAAAGGCCAAGCACGCGGCCAUCUCAGCGCCGCUGCGUAAGCCCUUUGAUUUCAAGCAAGACAAGCCACUGGUGGUUCAGUACGAGGUCACGUUGCAGGAGGGUCAGGAGUGCGGCGGCUCGUAUCUAAAGCUCCUUUCCGCCGGCAAAGACACCGAGCAGCUGACGGCCUUCAAUGACAAGACACCCUACACCAUCAUGUUCGGACCGGACAAGUGCGGCAACGAUGUGAAAAUGCACUUCAUAUUCCGGCAUGUCAAUCCAAUUAAUGGCACCAUUACCGAGAAGCACUGCAACAAGCCCAAGAACCGUUUGGAAGAGCCCUUCAAGGACAAGCUGCCCCAUCUGUAUCAGCUGGUGGUGCGUCCCGACAACAGCUUCGAGAUCCGCGUGGAUCACAAGAUCAUCAACGAGGGCUCGCUGCUGACCGAUUUCAAGCCAGCCGUCAAUCCGCCAGCAGAGAUCGACGACCCCAAUGACAAGAAGCCCGAGGCGUGGGAUGAGCGUGAGAAGAUCCCAGAUCCCACGGCCCACAAGCCCGACGAUUGGGAUGAGGAUGCGCCGCCACAGUUGCCCGAUGCCGAUGCCGUCAUGCCCGAUGGUUGGCUGGAGGAGGAGCCCGAUAUGAUCUUUGAUCCUACGGCCAGCAAACCGGAAGAUUGGGAUGCCGAAAUCGAUGGCGAAUGGGAGGCUCCGCUGGUGGACAAUCCCGUUUGCGAGAAGGCCGCCGGAUGUGGCAAGUGGAAGGCGCCGCUCAUACCCAAUCCCAACUACAAAGGCAAGUGGAGGGCACCGAUGAUCGAGAACCCGAACUAUCAGGGCAAAUGGGCGCCCAAGAAGAUUGCCAACCCCGAUUUCUUUGAGGAUCUGAAGCCCUUCCAGAUGACGCCAAUUAGCGCUGUCGGCCUGGAACUGUGGUCCAUGUCCAGCGACAUUUUGUUUGACAAUCUCAUCAUCACGGACGAUGUGGAGGUGGCCCGCGACUUUGCCGCCAAUAGCUUUGACAUCAAGCGGCGCUAUAUAGAUCGCGAAUCGGACUCAUUCGUGAAUAAGGUAGUGGAGCUAGCCAAGGCCUAUCCCUCGAUCUGGGGCAUUGGUCUGGUGGCCAUUGUGGCAUUGGUUGCCAUCACCAUUUACCUUAGAUUUGGUUCGGCCAAGAGUCAGGACUCGGCUGCCAAGAAGGCCGCCGCCGAGGCCAAGAAGUCCGAUGAGCUGCAGCCCGAUGACGAUGAAGAGCCCGAGGCCGAUGCCGAUGAAGAUGUGGAGGAAGGCAGCGAUCGGGCUGCCGGUGAUUCCAGCAAGGAGAGCACGCCGCUGUCCGCUAGUCCCAAGAAGAAGAACAAAAAGUCUGAUUUAGAUGAUAAUGUGGAGAUGACCAAGCCGGAGGAGAGUCCUGAAGAGCCCGCACAGACUGAGGAAACCACCACGAAAGCUCGCAAGCGUCAGGCGCGCAAGGAGUAAUGCGGGUCAUCCCCUCAGAUGGACAACAAUCUACAAAUAAAAAUGCAGAAGUUCUAUCGAAAAAACUUAAUCCAAUUCCAAACUGCCAGCGGCAGCAAAACACCAACACCAAACUGCUGGCAAAACUACAAAACCCAAACAACUAGAAAUCACCCGCCACAGCAUCUCCCUCACACACACGCAGCACCACACACACUACGAGGCAGCCACACGCAUACACACAGGCAAAAUGGAGAAGAGAACACAAAUACACACACUU